CGUGUCAGCAGCAGCAGCAGCAGAGCUCAGUAGGCCACGUACUGUUCCAUAGCCGCUAGCAGCUUGGUUUGCUGGGGGGCAGCACGUUGGCAGGGCAGGGGCAGGCAGCAGGUCACUCUUUCCUUUGAGAGCGCGAGGAGGAACAAGCUAGCAAGCAUGCUGCUCCACGCGGUGGCGGACCGGCUGGCGGGGAAGAACAAGGCGGCGUGGAAGCACGGCCGGAUCCGCGGCACCGCGGUGCUGGUGCGGAAGGAGGCGCUCAUCUUCGACCACUUCCACGCGUCGCUCCUCGACGGCCUGCACCGGUUCCUCGGACAGGACACGGGGCUCGCGUUCCAGCUCGUCAGCGCCACGGCGGCCGACCCCAAAAAUGGGGGCAAAGGGAAAGUCGGGAAGCCGGCGCACCUGGAGGAGCUGGUGAUGACGGUGAAGUCGACGGAGACGGGGGAGUCCAUGUUCCGGGUGAACUUCGAGUGGGACGACUCGCAGGGCAUCCCCGGCGCCGUCAUCGUCAGGAACCACCAGACCGAGGAGGUCUUCCUCAAGACUCUAACCCUAGAGGGCGUCCCCGGCAAGGGCACCGUGGUCUUCGUCGCCAACUCAUGGGUCUACAACCACAACCACUACGCCCACGACCGCAUCUUCUUCGCAAACGACACAUAUCUGCCUAGCAAAAUGCCUGCGCCAUUGGUGCCUUACCGGAACGAGGAACUUAAGAUUCUCCGAGGUGACAAUAAUCCUGGACCAUACAAGGAGCAUGAUCGUGUCUACCGUUAUGACUACUACAACGACCUUGGUGAUCCAGACCAUGGCAAAGAUAAGGUACGGCCGAUCCUCGGUGGCAGCAAAGAACACCCAUAUCCUCGCCGUGGCAGAACUGGACGGCGCCCAACGAAAACAGACCCAAAUUCGGAGAGCAGGCUUUUUCUGCUCAACCUGAACAUCUAUGUCCCGCGUGAUGAACGCUUUGGACAUCUCAAGAUGUCAGACUUCCUUGGGUACUCCCUGAAGGCAGUCAUUGAGGCUGUUGUUCCAGCGAUAGAAGCCUACACCGAUGAUACGCGAAAUGAGUUUGAUUCAUUUGAAGACAUCCUGGGACUCUAUGAACUUGGUCCGGAAGCACCCAAUAACCCACUAAUGGCUGAGAUUAGGAAGAGGAUACCCAGUGAGUUGCUUAGAAGUAUGUUGCCGGUUGGUGCUCACGACGACCCCCUAAAGAUGCCCCUUCCAAAUGUCAUCCAAUCAGAUGCACGCAACAAGGUUCCACAAGAUAAGUUUGGCUGGAGGACUGAUGAGGAGUUUGCUCGAGAAAUGCUUGCAGGCGUGAACCCAGUGGUCAUCAGACGUCUGAAGGACUUUCCUGCUAAAAGUACCCUAGACCGAAGAGUGUACGGGGACCAUACCAGCAAAAUUACUGAAGCCCAUAUUCAGCACAACCUGGAAGGCCUGACAGUGCAGGAAGCGCUAAGGAAGAACAGGCUCUUCAUCCUGGACCACCACGAUCACUUCAUGCCAUACCUUGACCAGAUCAACAAGUUGAAGGGCAACUUCAUCUACGCCACCAGGACCCUGCUGUUCUUGAAGGAAGAUGGCACGCUGAAGCCCCUGGCCAUCGAGCUUAGCCUGCCCCACCCCAACGGCCAGCGGCAUGGCGCGGUGAGCAAGGUGUACACCCCUGCUCACUCAGGCGUCGAGCGCCACAUCUGGCAGCUUGCCAAGGCUUACGUAUGCGUCAAUGAUUCUGGAUGGCAUCAGCUGAUCAGCCACUGGCUGAACACGCACGCGGUGAUCGAGCCGUUCGUGAUCGCGACGAACCGGCAGCUCAGCGUGGUGCACCCCGUGCACAAGCUGCUAAGCCCGCACUUCCGCGACACGAUGAACAUCAACGCCCUGGCACGCCAGACACUCAUCAACGCCGGUGGCAUCUUCGAGCUCACCGUGUUCCCCGGGAAGUACGCCCUCGAGAUGUCCUCUUUCGUGUACAAUAACUGGAAUCUCACGGAGCAGGCCCUCCCCAACGAUCUCAUCAAGAGAGGCGUCGCCGUGCCGGACGCGUCGGACCCGUUCGGUGUCCGUUUGCUGAUCAAGGACUACCCGUACGCCAAGGACGGCUUGAUGAUUUGGUGGACGAUCGAGCAGUGGGUCAAGGAGUACCUGGCCAUCUACUACCACAACGACGGCGAGGUGCGGCGCGACGCGGAGCUGCAGGCGUGGUGGAAGGAGGUCCGUGAGGUCGCGCACGGUGACCUCAAGGACAGGGACUGGUGGCCCAAGAUGAUCACCGUCAAGGAGCUCGCCAGGACGUGCACGACCAUCAUCUGGGUGGCGUCGGCGCUGCACGCGGCCGUCAACUUCGGGCAGUACCCGUACGCCGGGUACCUCCCGAACCGGCCGACCGUGAGCCGGCGGCCGAUGCCGGAGCCAGGCACCAAGGAGUACGCGCAGCUGGAAGCUGGGCAGGAGGAGGCCGACAAGGUGUACAUCCGCACCAUCACCAGCCAGCUCCAGACCAUCCUGGGCAUCUCGCUCAUCGAGAUCCUCUCCAAGCACUCCUCCGACGAGGUGUACCUCGGCCAGCGCGACGAGCCGGAGCGCUGGACGUCGGACGCCAAGGCGCUGGACGCGUUCAAGAGGUUCGGCAGCCGGCUGGUGGAGAUCGAGAAGCGCAUCGUGAAGAUGAACAACGACCCGGCGAACAAGAACCGGACCGGGCCCGUGAAGAUGCCGUACAUGCUGCUGUAUCCCAACACGUCGGACGUCACCGGCGAGAAGGGCGAGGGACUCAAGGCCAUGGGCAUCCCAAACAGCAUCUCCAUCUGAGCAGAGCAGAGAUUUUCCCCUAGAUGAUUCUACAUGUUGCUGCUCGGUAGCUAUGCGUCGUUCCCCUUUUUCUCAAGUCUGUGCGUGUGGCGUGUCACUGUGCAUAUGGUUUGUCCAUGGGCUUUUGCCUGUGUUGGGAUGGUUGCAGUCAGCGGAGUCUUUGGCGGAGAGAGGGAGGGGUCCGCUCGUCGGUGAGUGAGGAAGAGUGUGCUACUUUUCUGAAAAGCUACCACAGUUAUUCCAUCAAAUGAUUUUUCCACGACU